CUGGUGAUCCCGCCAGAGAGCAGUGACCCUCAGAAAGAGGAUGAGCCACUUUGUCUCCAACAUUACAGACAAAGCAUCAUGCUGCAGCUGAUAGAUGAUCUCUCAUACGAAGACGUAAAGAAAUGUUAUCGGGGAUCUGGUUUCAGGGAGCCCGGAGACUAUCCCAGGGAACUCGCGGUACGAGGCGGGGGACAGGGGUGCCGACCCAUCACAGUGCACAAUUGCACACACGUUCACACACCACGGAUAAUUUGGAAACGCCAACCAUGCAUGUCUUUGGACUGGGAAAGGAAACCGGAGUACUGGAGGAAACCCCCAAAGCACGAGGAGAACAUACAAACUCCGCACGCAGGGCAGAGACGGGAUUCGAACCCCCAACCCUGGAGGUGCAAGGCAAACAUGCUAAUCACUAAGCCACCAUGCAUCACAGGACUGUCAGCAAGUACAACUCUCAGUACCACAAACUUUUCCAGAACAUUCCCAAAGAGGAGAUCCUCAUGAAAGUGUACUCGUGCGCACUCCUAAGGGAUAUCUUGCUGCAAGGACGACUCUAUAUCUCCCGCAACUGGCUGUGUUUCUACGCUAACCUGUUUGGCAAGGACAUCAAGGUGGCUAUCCCCGUAGUUUCAGUUCGUCUGGUGAAGAAGCACAAAACAGCUGGCCUGGUCCCUAAUGGCCUCGCCAUCACUACAGACACCAGUCAGAAGUAUGUUUUUGUCUCGCUCCUGUCUCGGGACAACGUGUAUGAUGUCCUCAGGAGAAUCUGCACCCAUCUGCAGGUCAAUGGGAAGAAGAGUCUGAGUCUAAAGCAGUAUCUAGAAGAGCCUGGCUCACUAUCAACUGACGAGUUCCCAGUGGCCAGCGAUUACCCUGCAGUGUUAAAAUGGCGCAGGAAGACUUCAGUUCCAUCCGUCUCCUCCUCUCUACCUGAUCUGUUGGGAAAUUCCACCAGCAGUGCCGGAAAGCCUCCGUUUACUAGUGAAACUCAACUGCAGGAGAGACAUCUCGAGGCUGAGAAUAUUCUCCUGACUGAGCCUGUACCAGAACUGGGUCACAUGGAAUAUCAACUUCUCAAGUUCUUCAUCCUGCUUAUUAUACUGCUGAUUAUGUCAUCCUGUUACCUGGCCUUCCGUGUGUCCAGUCUGGAACAGCAGCUCUCCUUCCUCAACACACAGCCUACCUUACCUAUGAGAGACAGGUAACACAGGUUUAAAAACGGCUUUGCUCUUGUCCAGUGUAGCCAUUAGCAGAUAGAAAAGAAUCACUUAGUGGAGGCUUGGACAGAAUCUUUACUGAUCCACUACUGAGCAACAGCAGAGGAGGGAAAUAUAAACGAUGCUGCUGUCAGCUGUUACCUUCUUGCCUGGACUGAACAUAUUCAACACAUAAAGUAGGUCUUCUGUAUAAGAUACGGGUUCAUAUCACUAAGGAGCAGUUUGCUGAUGGCGCUUGCUAUCGGACUUUUCCACAACGGGAACUCAAUGACAUCAUACACCAGCGAGACCGAGAGACCGAGGACAAUCGGACACACUGUCAGUUCCCUCAACGUUCAUCAAAUGUCAGUCAUUUCAUGAGGCGAGAUUUGAGAUUUGUUUGUUUAAGAGCGAUGUUACACGAAAGGUCUUGGUUUCGGAACGUACGUAGUGAGGAAAUACAUUUCAGGUGAAGACGGAUCCUUUCACCCACAGAAAGAUGGGUUUGUCUUGAACGCACGGAAGAGUGAAACGAUUUAAACGGACGCCGUUUCAGCGUGUAGUCAGGGAUGUGUGUUCUGUCGGUGGUUAAAGAAAGUUUUGUGUGAUUCGGACCGUUUCGUGAAAGCCAAUUCCAAAUUAUAGGGGCAGUAAUGCCACCGAACGGACAUGAAGCAUUUCAUUGUAUGAUUAUAUGCCUGUUAACUUUGCUUUUGAUCGACUACAUUCUGUUGUAGGAAAAAGUUAUAUGUACGUAGUGAUAUACUUGAAAUUUCGGAAGACUUAGGAGUGCUUGGUUUAUUGUAAAUGAAAAGCACAGUUUAAAUGAGAAUAGGUGCAAUUUGCUAUCUAGUACAGAUUUACUGUAUUUAUUUGUGAUAUUUUGUACAGGCACACGGUGGCUUAGUGGUUAGCACGUUCGCCUCACACCUCCAGGGUUGGGGGUUCGAGUGUGUGCUGAGUUUUCAUGUUCUCCAUGUGUUGCGGGGUUUCGUCCGGGUACUCCGGUUUCCUCCAGUCCAAAAACAUGCAUGGUAGACAGGCUGAUUGGCGUGUCCAAAGUGUGUGAUUGUGUCCUGUGGUGGAUUGGCACCCUGUCCAGGAUGUACCCUGCCUUGUGCCCCAAGCUCCCUGGGAUAUGGAUGGGUAUAAGUAUAGAAAAUGGAUGGAUGGAUAUUUUGUACAACAUAUUUGUUGCGUAUUUUUUUUUUCGAGAAGGAUACAUGCUCACAGUGUACAGCAUCGAUUUUUUUUUUAACUGUCAGACCCAGCAGUUAGACAUCAUUGACCAAUAAACAGUUUUAACCUGUU